ACAACGACCAGAACAACAUUUUGUUUUGUCGCCGGUGUCUCCGCCUGAGACCCACACCGUAGAGACCAGAGCAGCAACGACUCUCCCACCGAUCAGUCUAAUCUUUGUUAAUUCAGAUCUGCAAAUUUAAAUCCAACUACCCGUGAAAUCAAUUACUCCAGGAAACUGGGUUCUCAAAUAUAGGAAUUUAAUCAUACCGUUUGGUUUUCUAGAGGUGGUCAAGUUUCAAGAGGUACGCCAGAAAACUGGAGAGGGGAUAUUGUGCAGCCCAAUUUUUUUUUUUUUGCUAGUAUGUGAACGUUAAUGAGGUCCGGAAGAAAAAAGGCCUCUUCUUCUCGACGAACUGUCAUGUCGAUCUCAGGGUUCCGUGAAAUGCACCAGCAGGAGCUAGAAAAUAUGACACUAGCUACACAACCCUUCAAAACCAUAAAAUGUUUUACACUAGCUAUGAUAAACUAUAUGAAGCAGACAAUAUUAUAUUUGUUGGCGAAAGGCGGGUGGCUUAUGCUUUCCAGUAUUGUCGUAGGGGCUCUUGGCAUAGUGCUGAUAGCUAUGGAUGGUCUUCAUGAGGAGCAUUUUGAGGAGAUUGUGGAAUACUUUCGCUUUGGAUUGUGGUGGUUGGCCCUUGGGGUUGCAUCUUCAAUUGGUCUUGGAUCUGGUUUGCAUACUUUUGUCCUAUAUUUGGGUCCUCACAUAGCUUUGUUCACAAUAAAAGCAAUGCAAUGCGGUCGAGUUGAUUUGAAAAGCGCUCGAUAUGAUACAAUACAAUUAAAAAGGGGUCCUUCUUGGCUUGAUAAAGAAUGCUCUGAGUUUGGACCCCCAUUAUUCCAUUCAGCACAUGGUUCACAGGUCUCUGUUGGCAGCAUUUUGUCUCAAGUUCAGGUGGAAGCUAUCCUAUGGGGUGUGGGAACAGCUAUUGGGGAGCUUCCCCCUUAUUUUAUCUCAAGAGCAGCACGCUUGUCUGGUAGCAAAUUGGAUGCCAUGGAAGAGUUAGAUACUGAAGAUGGAGGAGCCAUUGCCACACAUCUGACUCAAAUCAAGCGUUGGUUUCUUACACGUACUCAACAUUUGAACUUCUUCACCAUCUUAUUGCUUGCUUCGGUGCCAAAUCCCCUAUUUGACCUUGCUGGCAUCAUGUGUGGACAAUUUGGGAUUCCAUUUUGGAAAUUCUUUCUUGCAACCUUGAUCGGAAAGGCACUUAUUAAAACUCAUAUACAGACGUUAUUCGUCAUCUCAGUUUGCAAUAAUCAACUUCUUGACUGGAUAGAGAAUGAAUUCGUCUGGGUUUUCAGCCACAUACCUGGUUUUGCUUCUGUCUUGCCUACUGUGAUCGCUAAACUCCACGCAGUUAAAGAUAAGUACAUGAAAUCACGCCAUGCAGUUUCCCCAAAUAACCAGGGGAAAAAGUGGGAUUUGUCAUUGGCUUCACUCUGGAACACUGUUGUGUGGCUGAUGCUCAUGAACUUCUUCGUCAAGAUAGUGAAUGCAACUGCGCAGAACUAUCUCAAGGGGCAACAGGAGAUGGAGAUUGCUGCAAUAACAAAGAAAUCUUCGUCCACAGAAUCAGACACGCAAUAAAAUUCCCUCUAUCCUGCUUGAGUUGCUACUUUUUAUAGUUUGGUUCCUUUUCCCAGUGGAAACACGGAAAUGCUGAAGGGCCUAUUAGGAGCAUUUAUGAGACUAUACAAAGCAUGGUGUGCAACAGAAGUUGCAACUUCGUUCUGUUAGUUUUAACUCCAGGGAGUAUUAUUUGGAAAUUGGAACGACUUAUAGAUUCUAACACAGUAUUAUCGGCUGCUUGCUAGGGUACAUGUAUGGGACUCCCACCAUUCUUUAGCAAUUCAAGACAGUUAUUUGUUCAUUUACC